UAUCUGGAUAUUGUUUUACUGUGGCAGCUGAUUUCGUCAGUUGAUCCACAGUUCCUGAAACUCACCAAAGUAGAUGAUCAGAUCUACUCUGAGUUCCGGAAAAGUUUUGAGAAACUUAAGAUAGAUAUUUUGGACCCAGAAGAACUUAAAUCAGAAACCGCUAAAGAGAUGUGGAGGCCAUUCUGUUUGAAGUUUGAAGGCCUUGUAGAAGACUUCAACUAUGGUACUCUUCUGCGACUGGAUUGUUCCAAGGGCUACACCGAGGAAAACACCAUCUUUGCACCCAGGAUACAAUUUUUUGCCAUUGAAAUUGCUCGGAACCGGGAAGGCUAUAACACAGCAGUUUAUACUGUUCAAAACAAAGGAGAGAAGGGAGCUGGCAAUAGAGACAAGGGAGAGAAGGAAUCUGGCAGUGGAGGGAAAGGAGAAAAGGAAGCUGGUAGUGAAGAGAAAGAGAAGGAAGCUGGCAGUGGAGAGAAAGUUAAGAAUGGAGCUACUGAUAGUGAAGGAGAAAAAGAGAAAACUGAUGAAGGAGAAGAAAAAAGCCAAUAAAAAAUCAGUGGAAUUGCUACAUGGGAAACAGUAUUCCAGAGCAUGUAACUCAGCUGAAUCCACAAGUACCAGAACUUAUCUUUCUGACCUGAUAAUCAGGAGCUGCUGUGGUUAUUUCCCCAGACUCCACUGGCUUAUUAGUAGCAUAUUUCGUUUCUUGUUUCUUGGUUCUCACUGCUGGUUAAAUAAAGAAUUUUAUAAAUAAAUUGAUUUCAGUUCUUA